ACCUCAGCCUUUCCCUCUCCUUCCAUUUUCACACUCCACCCACUUUUUGCUUUCUUUCUCCAUCUCUGUCACCGUCUCUCUCUCUUUCUGGACUUGUCUUUAUUUGGCACUCCCGGAAGCCGCCGGGCAUUUCUCUCCCUGCCUGUUCGGGCAGCUGAUGUGACUGACUGACACCGGCUCCCGCUGAGAAGGAGGAGGAGAAGGAGGAGGAGGAGGGAGAGCGACGGCGAAGAGAGGCGAGGCGAGGGAGGGGGGGGAGCGAGUGGCCGGCCACGGAUUGUCAUUGCAGAGAGAAGGGAAAAAAAAAAAAAAAAAAAAAAAAAAGGCUGCGCGGGUCAUCAAAACAGAAUGGCAGAGAAUCAUGGCUUGAUGGAGAGGUUGGAGAAAGCAGUGACUCGACUUGAAUCAUUAUUUUCAGAUUCCCAGAGAUCUGGUGGAAUGGAGUGUGAUGCAAUGAAUGGUGUCAAUGGAAGCAUAGCUCCAUACGUGGAGGCCUUUGAUAGGCUGCUGAAUGGGAGCGUUGCUGAGUUUCUCAGGUAUAGCAAGAUUCUUGAAGGUGAUGUGAAGACACAUGCAGAGAUGGUACGUGCUGCUUUCCAAGCACAGAGAUCUUUCCUGGUGUUAGCAUCUCAAUGUCAAGAGCCUCAAGAGAAUGAAGUGGCAGUGCUUCUCAAGCCAAUAUCAGAGAAGAUUCAGGAAAUACAGAACUUUAGAGAAAGAAACAGAGGAAGUAAAAUGUUCAACCAUCUCUCAGCUGUCAGUGAAAGCAUACCUGCGCUUGGCUGGAUAGCAGUGUCUCCUAAACCAGGCCCUUAUGUCAAGGAAAUGAAUGAUGCUGCUACCUUCUAUACGAACAGGGUAUUAAAGGACUACAAGAACAGUGACACACGCCAUGUUGAUUGGGUGAAGUCCUACUUGAACAUCUGGUCUGAGCUUCAAGCAUAUAUCAAAGAACAUCACACCACAGGUCUCAGCUGGAGUAAAACUGGUCCUGUUGCAUCACCCACAUCUAUGAGAUCUGUCCUAACCAGUGGGUCAUCCCUCUCUUCACCUCCUCCACCACCACCGCCUCCACCGGGGCCUCCUCCCAUCUUUGAUACAGAAAACCCCCCAAAGGAUGAAGGAACAGCAGCUCGCUCGGCCUUGUUUGCACAGCUUAACCAAGGAGAGGCAAUCACCAAAGGGCUUCGCCAUGUCUCUGAUGACCAGAAGACACACAAGAACCCCAGCCUACGUGCCCAAGGUCCACCUGCUCGUUCUCCCACGAAAAGCCAUACUCCAAGUCCCACCUCCCCCAAGAACUCCCCGCAGCAGAGUCAUGCCCCCGUCUUGGAGCUAGAGGGGAAAAAAUGGAGAGUGGAAUAUCAAGAGGAUAAGAAUGACCUGGUCAUUACCAACACUGAACUCAAGCAAGUAGCCUACAUCUUCAAGUGUAACAAGUCUACACUUCAGAUAAAAGGAAAGAUCAAUUCAAUUACUAUCGAUAACUGUAAAAAGUUUGGCCUCGUGUUUGACAACGUUGUGGGAAUUGUGGAAGUGAUCAAUUCCAGGGAUAUUCAGAUACAGGUGAUGGGGAAAGUGCCAACGAUUUCUAUUAACAAAACAGAAGGCUGUCACAUCUACCUCAGUGAGGAAUCAUUAGAUUGUGAGAUCGUGAGUGCCAAGUCUUCUGAGAUGAACAUCCUCAUCCCCCAAGAUGGUGAUUACAAAGAAUUUCCGGUUCCUGAACAGUUCAAGACAGCAUGGGAUGGAUCUAAGUUGGUCACUGAACCUGCAGAGAUCGUGGGUUAACCUCCUAACAUCACUCAGCGCUCACUGACCGUGAUCAGACCAUAGCCAGCAGAAACAACGCAGCAACGUAAAGAACUAGAACUAGCAGUAGCUCCCACUGCUGUCUUAGGUCUUCAAGAAUUAGCUGUGCAUGCUAGAAACAAUAACCCGUCCGGCACGCUUUUGUUAGGCACCUCAGCAUUUCUCAAGUUUCCACAGUUCACUUACGGUUUUACUUACAGUUCACUUACGGUUUUACUUACAGUUCACUUACGGUUUUACUUCUCCAUGACGUCAUGUGAAUGUGAUGGCUUGAAACCCCCCACCUUCCAGUCACGUCACUGGUUUGAAACACUUUAUUCGUUAAGCCAAAAUACUGCAUGAUACACUUGGUUAUCACAUCGCUUCUGGGCAUUCCUUUUUAUGUUUCCGCUAAUCAAAACCAGUAUUAAGACUCUAAGAUGUUUGUUUUCACCUUUUACGUUACUCCUGUACAACGCAGUACAAACACACCCCUGGAAAGAACUACAUGACAGUUCCUUGUAGUUCUGCAGCAAUCUUUUCUUUUUUUUAAGCAAGCAAAAAAAUAAAAAAGGAUCACUUUCAGCAAUACAUUUUCCUAAUGGAAGAUGAAAUAACAUGAUAUUUUUAAUCUAACACUUUUCUAAUAUAAAGAUCCCUGUGUUUCAUAGAGGAUUUUAUUCUGGUCCAUACAGACCUGCUGUUGCCCUCUCAUUUCUUGCAAAUCAGGAAUUGUUUUGAAACCGAAGCCUCAUAUGAGCUCAUAACACCUUGCAGGAAAUCACCUGCAAGUUUUUGCUCCACAGGUAUCUUUUGUUGUUGUUAUUGAGACAAUCCCUCAUGCUUUAAAAUUUCAAACUGCACCCUUGCAAUACAACAAGCUGGCAGGGGAGAUACCACCACCAGGCCGGUGGUUUUCCCAGGGCGAGAGGCACAUGUCAGAUAUCACUUAAUUUGCUUGUUAAAGUUCCUUUAAAAUCUAUCUAUUAUAGCUGUCAUAGCUUCUAUUGAUUAAAAUACCUUUCUGUUUCUUCCCUGCAUUUCUAACACUUACUCAAUUUCAAAUUCAUCUACGAAUCAAAGCCAUAGACCUAUCGGUUCAGCCCAAAUAAAGCCCACUCAGCCCUUAAAUUCUACUUUCUAUAGUCCCUAUUGUACAUGCUUUUUUAACAAAGGUGGAGUCUUGUAUACAUUUGUACUAUUUCAGCACAUAGUACAAUAAAAGUUUAAAAUUUUGCAGCCAGCAUAUGUUUUUGAUCACUUGUAAUACUUUGUAAUGGUGAAAUCAAAGUGAGAUGCUUGCAGAGCUAGUUACAAGCUAAAUUUUGUGCCUAACUUACCUUGAAAGUACAUUAAUCUUUGAGGGUUUUUAACUAUCUUUGAUUGUAAACCCUCUGUAACACAACAGUAGUGCUCGUUCCGCAAGGUUUUGCUAUCUGAUCUUUAAUCUAUAUGUAUAAUGUGUCUGCCUUAGUAUACACCAUUUUUCAACAGUAAACUUCUUAUGAAAUAAAAAAGGAAAGUGUACUUGUUUAAAUAUAAAGUUGCUCGGAGCUUA